GUCAGUCCACGUGGCUAGCAUCCCAUCCAUUCUCUUCCCACCUCCCUUGUUUUUCCUCCUCUCCAUCUUCCCCCCAUCUCCUUCCUCGUUGCUACUGCCUGCCGCAGACCAGCAGCCAAUGGCCGCAGCCAGCUUCUGGCUGCUGCAGCGUCCUUCCCCUGCUCUCCACAACUCCCUCUCCCUCUCAAGCAGGAGCAGCCAUCCUUCCUCCUCUGCAUGUCCUCCUCUGCACAACAAGCCAAGGGACCUUCUUCUCUGCUGCGCUUCAUCAUCGGGCGCCUCGUCUUCUGUGGUGACCAAGGAGCAAGAGGAACCAGUCACUGCUCCUUCGGAAGAAGGAUCUGAGCCUUCACUUCUUAGCUACAAAGAUGACCCCAACUUCAGGGGAUGCAGGGGCUGCGGCAGGGAGGAGCUUGAGAGGGGCUGCAAUGGCGAGGGGCGGAUCCAAGGGGGGAUAGCCGCCGUCCCGGGCUUCAGCUGGUGGCCGAUCAAGGCCUACCGGCCAUGCCCCGGCUUCGUCGCCUCCGGCGGCCGCUACCGGCGCCAGGGCCAAAGCAUGGACGACGUCGCAUCCGGCAGGGGAAAGAAAAUCUCCCCGGCCAAAAAGAAGAGCGACAAAUAAGUAAUCCAGCCCAAGGAACUGCAGUCUUGACAAUGGGAGUUUCAUAGACCAAAUGAAGCAUGUUCCUUGUUUACUUAGAAGUUUUGGUCUACAUUUGGAUAAGUAUGCUAUUCAAGGUGACUAAGAAGUUUUGGCUACCUGCAUCAUCUUUGGAAUCUGGGAAAGUUUACUUAGGAAUUGGGAAAGUUCAAGUAUUCAGAAAGCAACAAUUUUGGUAUACAUUGCCAAUGCAGUUCCUUGUUUCCAAUUGUAAUAGCAAGUAGCAACACGGCACUGGAAGUUUGAACAUCUGACUGUGCCCUAAUGCUGGUGAAGCUGUUCUAUUGCUUUCAAAUGGAAUAGCUUCUUUACCUGUACACAUGAUCGUGAUUUGUGAUUGUCCCGUGCACUUUUGCUGAACGGCCACAAUGGAUGAUUGUGAUCUAGAAAACUAUUACCAAACAUGUGCUUCUUUUGGUCUAUGAA